GCGGGCACCGAGUCAACUGGCAAGACUGCGGGCACCGAGUCGUCUGGCAAGACUGCGGGCACCGAGUCGUCUGGCAAGACUGCGGGCACCGAGUCGUCUGGCAAGACUGCGGGCACCGAGUCGUCUGGCAAGACUGCGGGCACCGAGUCGUCUGGCAAGACUGCGGGCACCGAGUCGUCUGGCAAGACUGCGGGCACCGAGUCACCUGGCGGAACAGCGGGCAUCGAGUCAACUGGCGGAACAGCGGGCACCGAGUCGCCUGGCAUUGGAUCGUCUGGCUCGACAGCGGGCAUCCGGUCACCAGGCAUCAGGUCAUUUGGCUCGCCAGCGGGCACCGCGUCAUCUGGCAAGGCAGUGGGCACCGAGUCACCAGGUACGACAGUGGGCUCUGAGUCAAUUGGCACGACAGCGGGCACCGGACCAGGUACCAGAUCAUCUGGAUCAACAGCGGGCAUCGAGUCAACUGGC